CUAGCCUCACAGGAAAUGAGCAUUAAUGAGAAAUGCUGAUUGUAAAGAACUAACACCACACACUUGAAGAUCAGAAAAUGGAGAGAUUGCUGCAGCUUGGUGGUGGUCUUCCUGGAAUGGGCCAGCCUCCUGGGGUGGACGCACCAAUGAUGGACACUGCUGAGAUAGUCUACAUAUCAUCGUUAGCUCUCCUGAAGAUGCUGAAGCAUGGCCGUGCUGGAGUGCCUAUGGAGGUGAUGGGUCUCAUGUUGGGAGAGUUUGUGGAUGAGUACACUGUCAGAGUCAUCGACGUGUUUGCCAUGCCCCAGAGUGGAACGGGUGUGAGUGUGGAGGCAGUGGACCCGGUGUUCCAGGCCAAGAUGUUAGACAUGCUCAAGCAGACAGGUCGUCCGGAGGUGGUGGUGGGCUGGUACCACUCCCACCCUGGAUUCGGGUGCUGGCUCUCGGGUGUAGACAUCAGCACACAGCAGAGCUUUGAGGCUCUCUCCUCGAGAGCUGUGGCCGUUGUCGUGGACCCUAUACAGAGUGUGAAGGGUAAGGUGGUUAUUGAUGCUUUCAGGCUGACUGACCCUAGGAUGCAAGCACUUGGUCAAGAGCCGAGACAGACCACCUCCAAUCUGGGGCACCUGCAGAAACCAUCCAUUCAGGCGCUCAUCCAUGGCCUCGGGAGGCACUACUACUCUAUGCCCAUCAACUACCGGAAGAACGACCUCGAACAAAAGAUGUUGUUAAACCUUCACAAGAAGACAUGGAUGCAUGGUCUACAGCUUACUGACUACAAGGAGCAUAGCAGCUUCAACCAGAAGGCUGUCAAGGAAAUGCUUGACCUAGCUGUGUCCUACAGCAAGGCACUGGAAGACGAGAGUAAGAUGACUAAAGAGCAGCUUGCCCUCAAGAACGUCGGGAAACAGGACCCCAAGCGUCACUUGGAGGAGAAGGUCGAUGCAGUGCUCACUGCUAACAUCACUCAGAGCCUCGGUGCCAUGCUGGAUACCGUCGUCUUCUCCUAGGUACCACCCACUCCGCCCACUCCCCCUGUGCGGUGAAAUAUGUUAUCUUAACGGACUCUAUUAAUUUACUGUUGUGCUGUGUACACUCAACUAUCACAUCUUCUACUGGGUUUUGGUAUAGAUCAUUUUCUUUGCCUCUGAAUGUACGUUCUUGUGCCUUGAUUAUGAGCUUUGUCAUUCUGUUGUUG